GGCAUUCUCAGCCUAUCGUUCCGGUUAGUCGACACUUUUCUUGUGCUCCGUUCUUUGCCUGUCGCGCCUAUCAACCACCAUCGCCUGGUGGCGUUGACGAGCCUCGGGGAGUCCGACUCUUCCCAAAAGGACCCCCUCUGUCUCACGUCUCGUCUUGCAAGUUUUCGUCACAUUUUUUGUCUCCACCGUCGAUUUGGUUUCGAAAGAAGCGCCCGUCUCGUUUCCUAUUGCUGACCAGUUGUAGUCGAACAAGCUCACGCGCGACACGCGCUAAAGCCAAACACCUGGCAGUUUUGGCCGCACGAGGGUGAGCUUAAUCCCUUCCCGUGAUCAUCACUUGGGGCUCCCGCUAACGUCCGUUUUGACUUUUGUUAGUUGCGGAGAAAACUGAUCAGUCCCUUGCAUCGCUUUACAAGGGUGAGCUUCUCUGCUAUCAAAGAUCUCUUUGGGUCCAGACAUGGUCUUGAGCUCGCAAGCAAGAUACGAUCGAUUUGCUGGUGGAGUUGGUAAGCAGCCGGGUAAGCCUCCAGCUUCUGGCGUUCCUCUUCGGUCCAGAAAUGUUCGUGUACUGUUGUCGUCGUCGCCGCCAGAUCGUGAAGUUCAGUCGAAUCAGCCCAUGGACACUGCGGAACACGAUGCAUCUUCGAUUGUGUCAAAACAGGAGUUCAUCACAAACAUCACACGCAAGCUGAACAACUUACCCCCGCAUGCUCUUGAGGACAUCUUUCAAGUCUGCAUCGACAACGAAACCCUACAACCGACCAGUUCGAGAGCGGCUGUAGAUCCUCGAGCAGCAAAGCUUUUGCAGAUUGAAGAGCCAGCACAGCGUAAAGCGGACGCUCAACAUAAUGCAUCGAAGCGCAAAGCCGUUGCUUCCGCGGACUCUUCCGACGAUGAGAACGAUGAUGAUUGGGGAAAUCAUGGUAACAUGCAGAUCACACUGCACAUUGCCAACCAGGAUGAGGUAGUUCAUUUCUUAAGGAUGCGUUUCACUCAAAUUCAGCAGCUGGCAACCAAAGUCAUCGCCAAGGCAUGGAUCAAGGCAAUAUGUCCAAAGAAGCAAGCGAACUUUCCGUACGUGGACAGCAACCCCAGGGCCGAUCAGAACCAGAAGCGUCGUCGACCACGUCACGAUGGCCCCCCGAGGAUUCCCAAAUUUUGGCCAGAUAUCGAAUUGUGCCGUCACAAAGAGCCUGACCAUACAAGGAAGACUGGUGCGUUUCUCCAGAGAAUGACUCGAUACGAUCGGCUAACGUUCCGCAGAGCGCACUCAUCUUUUAGUUCAUUUGCUUAGGCUGCACUGGACUGAGCAAGAUUGGCUUGAUUCCAAUGGCCACGGCUCCGAGGUUCCUCAGAAGAUCAAGGAUCGCAACUGGGUUGGAUUCCUCAAGGAUGCCUUUCCAAUCAGCAAAUUGGAGGAGGUCCAAGGAAGCAACCCAGACAAGGCGUUCAUGCGAAGAAACUAUCUCAACCAGAUCUAUCGAGUUGCCGAGGAUG